AUGUCCGCGCCUCAGUCAGUCGCCGGUUCUGCUCUGGGCGUGUUUACUCAAGCCGAGCUGUUGACCCUCCAACACCAGCAGCAAAUCAUGGCACAACGCAGCCACCAAAGCGGCGCCCCGGCUGACCGUGGUCGUGGCACCAGCCGGCAGUCACAGCCUAGUUCCCGGGCGGUCAGUGCCGCCAGCAGUCAAAGCAUACCCGGUCGCAUUAUGCUGGAUCCCCACAGUUUGCAAGCUCUACAUGCGCAUCUGGAGAACGUCAUGAGGACCAUUCAGCGGCGCAUAGAAGAGCUCGAAGACGCCACCGAGCAGUCGGUCAGAAAUUCUAGCGGUCGAGCGGGAACUUCCAUUCAAAAUGCGGACAAGGAGAUUGCCAGAAUGAGACGGAUCAUGCAGGACAUAGACACUCUCGAAGAAGAAUUCGAGAAGAUCAAGCGGAUCCGAGACAAGAUCAAAGCCAUCAGAAACAACGUUGAUCAGCUCAGCGAAAAACUCGACCGCAGUCGCCCAAGUGGACAUGGCGCUGGGGGAGCCAGACGACGAUGA